AACUAUACGUGUCUUUCCAGAACGAAGAGAGACUACCAGUUAGUAUCUUUUAUCUUUAUUUAAUUGUGAUUUCUCGCUUUUCGCCGAGUCGUCGAGUGUACCUACUAAAUUCGUUCACUGUAUUAUUCAAAAUGCCUGGUGGAAGACCCUUGUGGCAGGUGGCCGGUAAACGUGACCCGGAGCAAGAACGCGAAGCUCAAGAAUGGAUUGAAGCUGUAUUGGGUGAAAGAUUCCCUCCUGGAUAUGCUUUCGAAGAUGUCUUACGAGAUGGUAUUGUAUUAUGCAGAUUAAUGAAUAAAUUAGCUCCAGGAAUUAUUCCAAAAAUUAAUUUCUCCGGAGGUGAUUACAAAAUGAUGGAUAAUAUCAAUAUGUUUCAAAAAGCAUGUACUCAAUACGGAGUUCCAGACGUAGAUCUCUUCCAAAGCGUAGAUUUAUGGGAGUCGAAAAAUAUUUCCAGUGUUACCACAACUAUUUUCGCUCUUGGAAGAACAUGUUACAAACAUCCAGAAUGGAGAGGACCAUUCCUAGGACCACGACCAUCCGAAGAACACAGACGCGAAUGGACCGAAGAACAAUUAAGAGCUGGCGAAGGAGUCAUCGGUUUACAAGCUGGUACCAAUAAACUUGCUACUCAAAGUGGUCAGAAUUUCGGCGCUACCAGAAAAAUCUUAUUAGGCAAAUAGAUAAAUCUGUUUUAAUACCUAUCAGAAUUUUAUAAUUACCUAACUUUAAAUGGAAAAGUUACCUACCUACAAUUGUAUUGUGACCUCAAUAUUUUAAAACGAGUGAAAAAUCUGAAGAAAAAAUCAAAUUUCAACUGAAUCAAAGUACAUACCUACCUAUUAUUCUAUUUGUUAUGAAAUUUUAUUUAUUAUCUAUAAUAUUGACGUAGAAAGAAAACUGGAGAUGUUUUUAUAUUAAAUUAUUUUUUAUAUUACAAGACGUAUUGAAGAAAAAAAAUGAAAAUAAACGUUCACGUGUA